CACGCGCACCGAAUGCUCUCCCGCUUGCUCAUUGCACUUGUAACAACUUGUUGCCAUCCAGUCUCCACAUGGGUCCGACCGUGGAGAGAGCCCUGGUUUAAAAGACAUCUGAAAGGGGACGAGUCCACUGGGAGACCCGCACAGCGAUCGUUCGGCAACGAGGAGCGUCAGGUCCCAUGAGCUCUACCGGAAGGGGCGUGACUUCGCCACUCUAUAGCGAAUGUUGAUGGACCCACACUACGACCCGAAGUCCCAGCAGGACGGGAAAACAGAGAUCCCUGUGCUCAAAACCUUCACCAGGGGCCAGUGGUCCAACAAGCUUGAAUUCCUGCUGGCCGUGGCCGGGCAGAUCAUAGGGCUGGGAAACGUGUGGCGGUUCCCCUACCUGUGCUAUAAAAAUGGAGGAGGGGUGUUCUUCAUACCAUAUGUGGUAUUUUUGUUUGCGUGUGGGAUCCCACUGUUUCUGUUGGAGACAACCCUAGGCCAGUACACUGCCCAGGGCAGUAUCACCUGUUGGAGGAAGAUAUGCCCUCUGUUUGAAGGAAUAGGUUACGGAAGUCAGGUGGUGGUCUUAUACUCCAGCACGUACUACAUCAUCAUCCUGGCCUGGGCUUUCUUCUACCUGUUCUCCUCCUUCAGCUCUGAGCUUCCCUGGGCGUCCUGCAGCAACACCUGGAACACCGCUACCUGUUUGCCAUUGAAUAAUGGGAAUAGCCACAUGAACUGGAGUACAGCAGAAAAUGCCUCAUCACCGGUCAAGGAAUUCUGGGAGAGGAGAGUAUUGAACGUAACCGGGAGUCCCAACGAGAUGGGCAGCAUAAGAUGGGAGCUGGCCCUGUGUCUUCUCCUGUCGUGGAUCGUAUGCUACUUCUGCAUCUGGAAAGGUGUGAAGUCAACCGGAAAGGUGGUGUACUUCACGGCCACCUUCCCCUACCUGAUGCUGGUGGUGCUGCUGGUCCGGGGGCUGACGCUGCCAGGGGCCAUCGACGGGAUCAAGUUCUACCUCUACCCAGACCCGUCCCGCCUCUCCGACCCCAUGGUGUGGAUGGACGCAGGUACUCAAAUAUUCUAUUCAUACGCCAUCUGUAUCGGAUGUCUAACUGCACUGGGAAGCUACAAUAAGUACAACAACAACUGUUACAAGGAUUGUGUUUAUCUCUGCCUUCUGAACAGUGCCACCAGCUUCAUCGCGGGCUUUGCCAUCUUUUCUGUUCUUGGUUUCAUGGCCUAUGAGCAGAACAUAGACAUAUCCAAAGUAGCAGAGUCAGGUCCUGGCCUGGCCUUCAUAGCGUACCCCCGUGCGGUGGCCAUGAUGCCCUUUCCUCAGCUGUGGGCCAUCCUCUUCUUCCUCAUGAUCAUCUUACUCGGACUGGACAGUCAGUUCGUAGGCCUGGAGGCUCUGACCACCGCCAUCUCCGACAUGUAUCCUGAGUUCUUCCACAUGGGCCAUCGCCGCAAAAUCCUCCUUCUCAUCAUCUGCCUGGGAUGCUUCUUUGUGGGCCUGCUGAUGGUGACAGAGGGCGGAUUGUACAUCUUCCAGUUGUUUGAUUACUACGCCUGCAGUGGGAUGACGCUGCUUCUGUUUGCCAUUCUGCAGUCUAUGUGCAUUGGCUGGGUGUUUGGCGCGGACCGUUUUUAUGACAUCAUAGAGGACAUGAUCGGAUACAGACCAUUUCCCCUUAUCAAGUACUGUUUGAAAUAUGUGACUCCAGUUAUCUGCAUUGCAACGUUUGUGUUCUCCUUGGUGAAGUACACUCCCCUGAAGUUUAACAACACGUUAGACUAUCCAUGGUGGGGCAUUCUUCUUGGCUGGUGGUUCACUCUGUCCUCCACCCUAAUAGUGCCCCUUUGGAUGAUUUUCAAGGUUGCAAUCACACCCGGCACACUAAGAAAAAGGAUCUCUAAGCUGUGCACCCCAUCAGAUGACCUGCAGUUGACACGACAAGCUAAAGCAAUGGAGAAUGUGGAAUCGAAAUACCAUUUAACAGAACUCUCAUGCUGUGUCUGAAAUCGCGCACUUCUAUACCUACACUUACAUUUUUGAGUGCACUUUGCGAGUGUGCCAAAACGCAGUGCACUGGAAGCAGGUGGCGCACUCAAAACGAUCUUGUCUACUUAGCAGAGGGGGCGGGAAUUUCAAAUCUGAAAAUGGAGGAAAUUGUAACAUUUGAGACCGACGUGCUCUACAAAAGUAAAAUUACACAUAUUUGGUUUGUUUUUCAGUACAACUACAAUGUUUUAGGCUGUAUCCGACCAGUGUUUUUAUGGUGUUAAUUCUGUAAUCAGAUGGUAUCAAGAACGAUAACGUGAAUACUGCUAGAUCGCUAAUAUAGGCAACUAACGGAAAUGAUCAUGCAGAAAAAAGAAAUACCACAGAAGAAGAACCGUCAAACUGCAAAAUCAUUUCAGUCGUUUUAGAGCUAAAGGUAACAAUUAUUUUAACACGUGAUUAGCAUUAGCGUAAUUACAAUGUGCCUUAACGAUCAUAUUAACCAGUAACCAUGCUACUGGGAAUAAUGUGCAAAGGAAUCAGUUAGCCAGUUCAUAGACAUUACAGCGAUGCAUGAUGAGGAAGGCUGAGAAUUCCUUUCUCUCACUCUGCUGUGUUUUGUUGUGACCAAAGAGAACUAUUUAGGCUCGAGGGCCACAUUGCGUUUUUUAAACCAAGUCAAGUGCCAAGACAUAGUAGUGUAUGCAUGUGAAAAGAUGUGAACCCUAUGAAAGUCAAACAUACUGGGGAAAAGAUGUUAGAGGAGAUGAAGAUGUAUAUUUUGGAGAUGGGGGAGUUGAUAAAAUGCUAGCAUACUGUAUAUAUAUAUAUGUUUGGAUAAACAGGUAUAUUUGAUAUAGUUAAAUAUUUGUAUCUUGAUAUAUCCUGGCCCUCUCCCACUCUGCCAUAGAGAAGGGGGAUGUCUCCUGUUUCUCUUCUUCUUGCUCAAAUCUGUGAUGUUUAACCGGGGACUAUUUACUGCCUCACAGCUCAGAGAACACAAGAGAUCAGAAAUCGUACUUUGGUGGUAAGAGGGACCAAGGCUGACCAGAAGCUACCCCAUAAUACUCAGCUCUGACACUGGGAGAAUUUCUUCUCUACUCUUAGGAGUACUAUCAUUAUCUUGCCUUUUAUGCUUUAUGAAUGAGAUAAGCGUAGAAAAAUACUAAGACUCUUUCAGUCUAGAACAGGUGUUUUCAUAGCGCAUUUCACCCUAAUGGUGACUGAUGGCUGUGCCAUUUCUUACAUAUACACUCUAAUAAUAGUUCUUCUUUUUACUUACAGCGACUUUAAUGUAUGAGAAUACCAGAUAUAUAUCAACUGUAUGUGCAGAGAUAGAUCUUAAGAUUCUGUAUUAUACAUUUUAACGGCUACUUAAAACGGUUCCCUGGGGUCUUCAAAAGACAUUUGUGAAGUCUAUAUAUGAAAUAUGAUAAAGCCAGCUUUUGUAGUCUCAUUUCCUGCACUAAAAAAACUGGCAGGUUUUGAAGGGGGGGGGGGGGGUUAUGCUAACGAGCACAUUUAACGAGGUGAAGUUUACUGUAAAUCUGACCACCGCUCCUUAACCAGCAGUAAGGUCCCAUGACAUUAAACGUGAUCAUUCGUUUGGCAAAAAAGAAACAUUAAUUUUACCCCUAUCAUGGUCAAAUUUUUAUGGACCUAGCUAGAGAAUAAAUCAGUUGAACCAACGCCAAUCAGGAGCUUUGAUAUAGUCACGUAGGCAAAGUUUCUCAACACAUAGACCUCUUAAUGCAUCCAUAGUGGUAAAUUACAUUUAUUAACAGAUUAUUACAACAAAACUUCAGAAUGAGACUCAAGAAAUUCAAGAUUUCAGAUUUUCCUCUACUAAAGUCAUGAUCGACAUGAGGAACAAGUGGAAGGGCCAAGAAUGAGGCCUUUCCAUAAUACGCCCCCUUGAACAAAGCUUCUGGGUCAUUUCAAGCGAAUCAGGGUGAUUGACGAGCAAGAUGGUUUCCCUGAAUCAUUCAGCGAAACCAUCUUGCUCGUCAAUCACGGCGUACAGAGAAGAUGCUUAUUUGUGCUGCUUAAUUUCAACUCUUUUCGACCUUUAAAUAUUACCUACAGAAGAUGAAUUGUGAACGUGCUUAAUUAUAAAAAUAUAUAUUGUGAUAAUGACACUCCUUGAUGAACUACGGGGCAACCAGCAGAUAAACAUAUCUUAUCUUACUAAGUAGGAACCUUGAGUCUCCAGGACAAUGCAAACAUGUUGCACAGCUCUGGUGCCUUAAUAUUCAGUUCUAAUAUCAAGUCAUGGGUGUAUGAAAAUAUAGAUAUUGUUCAUAUAAGAGUUGAACAGUAGUUUGUAUAAAAAUACUGUAUGUGUUUCUCUUAAUGAUGUUUAUGAUUAUUUUUAUCAUGGUUGGUUCUUAUAGAUGUCAAACUCUUUUUUCACAGCAAUAAAGGUACUAAUGAUUUUU